AUGCAAAUACUUUCUCUAAAUUUUUUAAUAUAUACCAUUGGUGGUAUAUGGCAGCCUAUCGAAUGGUCAUCAACUGUCGCUAAACUGUUAUAUAAUGCACUUACUUUUAUUGUACUAGUCUUGGAAUACUUUUUUGCAUUAACUCAGUUCAUGGACAUCGUUCUUGUUGUCAAUAAUAUCAAUGAUUUCGUUACUAAUUCCAUAUUGUUCGUGAGUAUGAUCGCUGUUUGUUGUAAAGCGACUAUCAUUGUAAUACGUCGAAAUGCAAUUAUCGAUUUAAUACAAGGAUUGUUGAAAGAACCAGGCAAACCGCGAAAUAAGGAUGAAAUAACGAUACAAACGAAAUUCGACGAGUUUAUCAGGUCAUGGUCGAUAAAAUAUUCACUUUUAGUAGUGAGUUCUUUUUCAAGCGGUAUGAUAGGUGCAGCAUUAAACAUAAUGCAAGGUCAUUUACCUUAUAGAAUGUGGGUACCAUAUGAUAUUGAUGCAUCUCCGAUGUUUUUAAUUACAUCCAUUCAGCAAAUCAUAACUGUGUUUUUUGGCGCAUUCAUAAAUGUCGGCACGGAAACUUUGGUUUUUGGAUUAUUUUUACAAACAUGCGCCCAGUUUGAAAUUUUCGAAAGUCGUCUUCGCAAAUUAAUAGCUAACAAAACAAUUACAUAUCUGGGAUACUCGUCUGUUGCGCUAGAUAACAAAAGACUAAUAAUGUCGGAAUGUAUACAUCAUCAUCUCAGUAUUUACAAAUAUGCCAAAACGGUAAAUAUUAUAUUCAAUCAGGUAUUCUUUGUUCAAUUCUUUGGCAGCAUAUUAGUAUUAUGUACAACUGUAUUUUAUCUGUCAGCACAUAUUAUGGAAUACGAAAGUGCUACUUUCAUAGUAUACACUUUCUGUAUGUUUAUACAAAUUUACAUUUAUUGCUGGUCUGGAAACGAAGUCAUACUUAAGAGUCAAAAUAUAGGAGAUGCAAUAUAUCAUAUGGACUGGCCUUUGCUAUCAGUCAGCGAAAAGAAAGAUCUGUUGAUGAUCAUGAUGCGCGGUACAAUCCCUAUAAAGUUUACUAGCAGUUUUUUGAUAACUUUAUCUCUCCAAUCUUACAGUAACAUUUUGAAAACUUCGUACUCGGUAUUUAACCUGAUGCAGUCUGUUAUUUAUAAUAUUAUAAAGAUGCAAAUACUUUCUUUAAAUUUUUUAAUAUAUACCAUUGGUGGUAUAUGGCAGCCUAUCAAAUGGUCAUCGACUGGCGUUAAACUGUUGUAUAAUGCAUUUACUUUUAUUGUACUAGUCUUGGAAUACUUUUUAGUAUUAACUCAGUUCAUGGACAUCGUUCUUGUUGUCAAUACUCUCGAUGAUUUUGUUGUUAACUCUUUAUUGUUCGUGAGUAUAGUCGCCGUUUGUUGUAAAGCGACUACCAUCAUAAUACGUCGAAGUGCAAUUAUCGAUUUAAUUCAAAUAUUGUUGAAAGAACCGUGCAAACCGCGAGACAAGGAUGAAAUAACGAUACAAACAAAAUUCGACGAGUUUAUCAGGUCAUGGUCGAUAAAAUAUUCAAUUUUAGUAGCGUUUUCUUGUACAGGCGUCACAAUAAGAUCAGUGUUAAAUAUCACACAGGGUCAAUUGCCUUAUAGAGUAUGGGUGCCAUAUAAUAUUGAUACAUAUCCAAUGUUCUUAAUUACAUCCAUUCAGCAGAUCUUAUCUGUGUGUUUCGCUUCAAUCAUAAAUGUCGGCACGGAAACCUUAGUUUUUGGAUUAUUUUUACAAACGUGCGCCCAGUUUGAAAUUUUCGAAAGUCGUCUUCGCAAAUUAAUAUCUAACAAAACAAUUAAAUGUCUGAAAUAUCCGUCUGUUCAGUCAGAUAACGGAAGACUAAUAAUAUCGGAAUGCAUACAUCAUCAUCUCACCAUUUACAAAUAUGCCAAAACGGUAAAUAUUAUAUUCAAUCAGGUGCUAUUUGUUCAAUUCUUCGGUAGUAUAUUGGUAAUAUGUACAACUAUAUAUUAUCUGUCAGAACAUAUUACGGAAUUUGAAAGUGCUACUUUGAUAGUGUACACUUUCUGUAUGUUUGUACAAAUUUACAUUUAUUGCUGGUCUGGAAACGAAGUUAUAAUUAAGAGUCAAAAUAUAGGAGAUGCGGUAUAUCAUGUGGACUGGCCUCUGCUAUCCGUCAGCGAAAAAAAAGAUCUGCUGAUGAUCAUGAUGCGCGGUACAAUCCCUAUAAAGUUUACUAGCAGUUUCUUGAUAACUUUAUCUCUCCAAUCUUACAGCAACAUUUUGAAAACUUCGUACUCGGUAUUUAAUCUGAUGCAAUCGAGAUAAGAUGCAAAAGUAAUCGAAAGUGCAUAGUAUUGUAGUUUUUGUAGCAAGUCACUGACUGUAGAUGUUAAAAUUUUUCUGAUAUAU